CUUAUACGUUUGCAGCAUUCGUCGUCUUUUCUGGUUGCCAAUGCUCCGUCAUUCAUGAUUGUGUAUUCGGCCAAGCGAGUCUCUGUCCGAGCCCGGACUUUGGCCGACAGUUGUCUAGUUCUCUCGGGACUCUCUCGCCGUCAUUUUGCGAGCCCCUACGUGUCCCCAACCGGGCCUAAGCGGCCCGAAUUUCACGAUUACUUUGUCACUCACCUGCCGUCGUCAUCUCUACAUCCCGAUCCUCGAGGGCCGCUGACCCCUUUCCAUAAACUGCCUCGCGCCGCGUCGGUGCCUCAUACUGGCGAUUCCACUCACUCGCCCACCACUAUCCAGCCUCUUGUCGAUCGAGAUACCACUGUCGUUCGCAUCCCGCUCCGCAACGCAAAGCACCACUUUGGUGCCCACACCUCCCGAUGCCAGCGUCCGUCUAACGAGGACACAUAUCAAGCCGGAGUCAUUGACAUUCCCGCCUUUGCAAAGCGACCACCCGCAUCCCUGACUAUUAAAAGGUUAGCCGAGGGUAGUUCCGAUUCUGCGCCCCGUGAAAACCGUGGCGCCGACAAUGCGAGCGGAGAUCCCCAAGUAUUUUACUUUGGGAUUUUCGACGGUCAUGGCGGAGCGGAAUGUAGCAACUUUCUGAAGGACACUCUGCACGAGGCUAUUCAAGAUACUGCGGCCGCGUUUGAGCUUCAGUCUAGUCUGCGGCGUGGGCCUCAAGGCCAGAUCCCUAGAGGCGCAGAUCCGUCUUCUGGCGAGUUGCCUAUCUUCCAAGGAGGCAACUGCGAGCGCGCCACUAGGCUGGAGAAGAUUCUCUUGCAAAACUGGCGAACCCUCGUUGGGGGCUACUUCAAGCGAUUUGCUCCCGCUCACUUUGCGCAUACGCGGAGGGAGAGUUCUUCGGGUGUAACCAUCGAGGAGAUCCUGGAGUACGCCUUUCUUCGUACCGACCUGGAGUUCGUCUCGGCGCAAGCAGCCAAGCAGGAUGACGAUCCCACGCGGGUCAGCCAACCUGUGUAUCAAGACGACAUAUUGUAUGGACCCGAACAUGAUCCGGUGUUGAGCAUUGGUGGUGCCAAUCGCUUCAAAGGGGGAAGUACAGCGAGUGUGGCUCUCAUCUCCACACCCACGCCAGCUCCUUUCUGGCAUCCAGGAGCUCCGUCUAGUCUUCUCGUUUCACACGUCGGAGACACGCGCAUUCUACUAUGCUCAACCGAAACUGGCCAGGCCAUCCCCGUAACGUCCAACCACCAUCCCUCAUCGCCAAUAGAAGCGAGCCGGCUCCGUCGCUAUGCUACUACAUUUAUUACGGAUUCCUUCGGUGAGGAGCGCAUGAGCGGACUAGCUAAUACUCGCGCCUUUGGAGAUAUGCAGUCCAAACGCAUUGGCGUCUCGGCUGAACCAGAGAUCCGUCGGGUCGAAAUGGGACCGGCCGAGUAUUCCUUCUUGGUGCUGAUGUCGGACGGCAUCAGCGGCACGCUACCGGACCAGGAGGUAGUAGACAUUAUCAAGGAAGCUAAGACGCCCGAUCAGGGCGCUCGUGACGUUGUCAGCUUUGCAACUGAAGUGACGCGCGACGGGGACAAUGCAACCUGCCUGGUUGUCCGCUUAGGCGGCUGGGAACGACGACUGGAAGGAGGCCUGGGCAGUAUGGGCACGAAGGAGGCGCGCGACUGGCGGCGACAAGAAGCGACCGAUCCUCGGCGGUCCCGACGAUAAUUAUGGCAGUGCCAGGCUUUGAUAGAGCGAAAGAAGAUGGUCUUGUUUGUAUAUAGUCUUUUUUAUCUGUUCCAAUCCGUACGCUGCUAGGGUCCAGUUGAAGCAAUUGGUCCGAAGGACGGAUUUUGUUAUGCUG